AUGAAAGAAAAUAAUAUUCAAAACAAUAUUCAGUUUAUUGAUAAUUUAGAAUUUUGGGUAUCUAAUGGUAAAUCAUUUAUAAAGUCCUAUUUACAGCCACUUAAUUUUAAUGUUAUUGGAACCAGAUUCAAUAAAGAAAGAACAAGAGUUCAGUACUUAUUGUUAAAUAAUAUCAUUUCGAGAGAUAAUUUAGAAAUUGGAUUUGAAAUCGAAAACAAUUCAUAUAUUAAAGAUAGAGAACAUCAAUUUAUUAUUGUUACAAGCUCAAUAUCUUCAAAGGAUAUAGAGUUUCAUUCAAAGCAUCAACAACAUGGGGAUUUUAUUCAAAAUAUAACAUUUUAUUGUAGAGAUAUAAAAGCAGCAUUUAAUAAAUCAAUUGAGGGUGGUGCUAUUUCAGUUUUGGAGCCAAUUAUAGAAAAAUUUAAUAACGAAUUGGAUAUUGUAGAAAGAGCUGUUAUUCAAUCACCAUUUAAAGAUUUAAAUCAUACAUUCAUAAACAGAGAUAUUGGAUCAUUGGAAGAGAAACAAUCAAACAAUCCAUUAAGAUUAUUCCCACAGUUUAAUGCUCUCAAUGAUUUAGAUAAUUUUAAUGUCGACAGUAGAUCACUUUUGUUUAAAAGUUUAAAUGGUAUAACAGGUUCCUUGGAUCAUGUUGCAACAUGUGUUAAACAUGGGGAAAUGAAUCAUUUUGUUCAAUGGUAUCACAAGUGUUUAAAUUUCAAAUUGCUUUCAGAUUCAGUAAACGAUGGUGACAAUUUAGAGAAUGAAUUAAUUUUAGAUAAAAAUUUUUAUGUAAUUUCGAAAAAAGAUUUCAAGUAUACAAAAAAAGAAAAUAUUGGUUUAAAAAUGGCAGUUUUAUCAAAUCAGCCAUCAAACACACAACACUAUAAAACUCCACCAAUUCAAUUUGUUAUCUCUGAAGCUAUCGAGGGUGGCGAGGGUCAAAUCGAACAAUUUAUUCACUACUUUAAUGGUUCAGGUGUACAGCAUUUGGCUUUCAACUCUUCUGAUAUAUUUAAAGCUGUAGAUAAUGCAAAAAGUCAAAAGUUAGAGUUUGUUUAUAUCCCAGAAUCAUACUACAAUAAAUUGGAUGAAAGAUUAAAGCAUCUUUUCCCAAAUGGAAUUCCUGAAGAGUUAAAAAGUAGUUUAAUGAAAUAUAGAAUUUUAAUUGACUCUGAUUCAGAACAAAUUAUAAAUCAAAGUAAUAAUAAAGAUAUUGGAUAUAUUAAACAGAUUUUCACAAAAUAUAUUUCAGAUUCCCCAACAAUAUUUUUUGAAUUAAUUGAAAGAUCAAAUGCUUUGGGUUUUGGCAAAGGAAAUAUCAUUGCAUUGUUCGAAUCUUUAGAAAAAGAAAGUGAAUCAAAAAUAGUUUUAAACAAAUAA